GACUACGAUCAAGGUAAUUGUAAAGAAUAGCGUAUGAGAAGUAGAAAGCAGCAUGCUUCGCCUUACAUUGUCCUGCUUUUAUCUGAAAAAGGUAUUUCAGGUGACUAAGCCUCCUGUUAGUGGCUAUGAGUUGGUGGAACUUCCCAAUGAAAAAGUCCUAAAUGAGUUUAUGCUACACUUCAAGAAAAAGGCAAUCUUAGUUAUCGUACACAGCGGAGACACCGGUCUAGGUGAGAUUCAUGCUGAUUCAUCGAAGUUAGGUAGAACUAAAAACAAGCCCGUCUUAAAAACUGGCAUGUCGGACAACAAUAUUAACCUAAAGAGAAACUCUUAUUCGGCUUUUCAUGAUCCUCUUACCCGUACGUUUGUUUCCUCGUUGAACAAAGUAAAUUUGGGUAACCCUGAUGAAUUGAGGAUUGCACUUGUUCCCGGGCCCAAGACCCCUGACCUUGUAAAUAAGUAUUCGAUUCUUACUUACCCUACGACGCUGUUGUUUGUUGAAAGUCGAUACGUCGAUCGUUGUGUUGGAGCUAGGUCACGAGAGCUAUCGAUUAAGUCCUUGUUUAUGCUGCGUAAUAAUGGGCGUGAUGUAUUCUCAAGAGAAUAAAAUAAUUUACCUUCUUAGUAAACAUCAUCUAAGCAAAUAUGAAG